AUGCCUGGCCUCCUUCUUCCCGAGAUUGAUCCCCUGAUAGAGCUUGACGUAAUCCAACCAAAUACACUUCACUGUUUUGCAUGGGACGCGCUUAAGCGCGACCGUUGCAAGGGGCUGUAUCUUGCCAUCCCAAAGCUCCACGAGGAGCUCCUGCUUGUCAUCUCUUGCGAAGCCAUUGCCUAUGCAAGCAUAGCCAUUCGUUUGAGCGAUGCGCGAACCGUGGUGGAAUACUGUGACACUGUCGAUUAUUACUGGAAGUCAAAAAAUUCUCAUUUUCAGAGCGAAUGUGGUAAAGCCAUGCCGAUGAAGGCAUUCUUGAUUUCACUUUCAAAUCACCAAGUAGCACAAACACAGUACUUAGAGAAUGAUGUGCGGGUCUCGAAAAUUAAAAUGACCAAAAUGUCUUACGCAACGUCAAACGAAAUCGGACUCGAGAUACGGACAAAUCUGGCGCAUCUUCCACGGAACCAGUUGGAGUACGACCUUUUAGUGGAUGCACGAGAUGCAAACAUUGAAUCUAGACCAGACGUUCGUCUUGACCCUGAGCUAUUGCAAGAGUAA